GUCGGAGCAUUAUCCCUGGAUCCCGGGCCGCUGUACGCCAUCGACGGAGAUGUAGGACUCAACGAGGAGAUCACCUACUCGUUCCUGGGCGGGAACGGAGGCGGGCUGUUUCAGAUCAACCCGAGCACGGGGGACAUCCUUAUGCUGAAGCCCGUGGACGUGCUGGGGAUCAUCAGUCUGACCGUUCUGGCCGCUCAGAGCACCAACCUGUUCCAGUCCUCCUCCACCUCCCUCAGCAUCAGAGUCCAGGUGAGGAGCCUCCACCCCCCUCAGCUCCAGAGGACUCAGUACCGAGGAGUUGUGUCCGUGGUGGGCUCGAUGGCGAUAGACCCGGAGAACAAGGACCAGCCGCUGAGGUUCCUCGCCACGGACCAGGACUACACCGCCACCGGGGGUAUAAACCCCGACAUCACUUACAGCGUUAAAGGCAGCAGUGAUUUCUCCAUCAUCGACGGAUAUUUAUUCAUGACGAAGGAUCUCCCAGAGGGCACGUUGUCUCUGCAGGUGGUGGCGGUGGACUCGACUAACGAGGAGUCAGACACCGCUCAGCUCUCAGUGGAGGUGACGUCAGGUCUCACCACCACCAGUCUGCCUGACAGCACCACAGACAGGCUGACCACGGCCCUACAGGAGACCACUGAAGAAACUACCUCCACCCCGAACCCCACCACCAUCAGCAGCCUCUCACCCUCCGUCUCAGACCCCACCACAGAAAGCACCGCUCACCCCCCGACAG